CGUUUUGUAUGAAAAAAAGUGUCACCGAUACCUCUGGUAGCUACCUUUCAGCUUGUCACAGCUUGUGACAUGUUACUUGUGUUUCUCCUCAUCAGUCAGUUGUCCCAGUCAAUUUACCUGAACAGGCGUUAUAUGGUUCUAUUUACCAUAUGACUUGCCACAAAGCUGCCAAUAUGCAUCGAAUAGAUUGCACAUUGGAGAAGUGUGGUGCAUGUUUGUUAUGAAUAAUUAUAUUUACAAAUUUUUUCACUGCUUUGACGCAUGUGUUUGCGAAAAUUAACUCCCUUGCGGCCGUGUACGACUGAUAAUCUUUAUCUGAUGACUGAUUUGUUAAAUAAUUUAUUGGUGACAAAAAGUACUUGAACGUGAAAGCAACUAAUACCAAGCAGUAGUUAAAUUCACGAGCAAUAAAAGCUACAUUAAACACAACUAACUCAGUUUUCUGUUAGGUGUAUGUAGUCUUAUCCAUUUUAUGCAAGAGGGUAUUUCAUUUGGCGAACUUCAAGAGGCAAGAUGAAAAUUUACUGGGCCGCUUGUGUUCUUGCAUUCAUAGCAAGUGUUUUGUUACUGCCUGUUUUCCUACCGAUUAUUUUGCUUUUACUCAUUUACCAUGGAGGUGUUCGUUGUCUGAUUUAUCUAAAGGGAGCAAUCCCCCUUGCUGCUGACGAUGCGGUUUGGCAACAAGAUCGAAGUACUAAUCUACACAUUGUAAAUGCCGUCAUGUUCUUGGCGGGUAGGUUGACGCUCAAGAAUUUGGAAGAACUGGUUAACCAGCGUUUGGUGAAGUCCAAGCGAGCAAAUGGCGAAAAGCUUUGCCCUCGUUUAACCUGUUGUAUUGAUGUACUUUACGGACAGUACGUUUGGAUUGAAGACGGAGCAUUCAAAAUUGAAAACCACGUGCAGUUAUGGGGAGGAAAACAACCGAAAACUAUGCAAGACUUAGAGAAUGUAAUAUCAGAAAUCUCUUCACAGAUUUUACAACGCAAAAAGCCGCUUUGGGAGUUUAUUUCAAUUCCAACGCCGGACAUCAACGAUUCACACGUUAUUGUAUUUCGAAUACAUCAUAGUUACGCUGAUGGAGUCGCUUUGACGCGACUUUUUGUGAAUAAUCUUUUUGAUGUUCCUCUAAACCAUCAUGAACCAAUAAAAUUUUCAACAAAGAAGCGUUUUUUGAUGUUGACCAAAGCUGCACUUGUUGGGCCUUUGACCGUAAUUUCCAGAUGCCUCUCACCCAGAGAUUACUCUGAAAUCCACGGGAGUCAGUUAAAUGGAAAGAAAUUAGUAUCAUGGUCAAAAAAGUUUGAACUUGCUACCGUGAAAGAAAUAAAAAAUCGAACUGAGACGACUGUAAAUGACGUGAUGACGUCAUGUCUGUCUGGAGCACUGCGACGUUACCUACAAGAUCAUUCUGAGGAAAAACCAAAGGAUGUGUGGGCUGCUGUCCCCGUUGAUAUACGAAUGGAUAAAAGCUCGAUGAAGUUUGACAAUCGAUUUGCUUUGGUAUUUCUACGGGCUCCCGUGUCGAAGAAAGAUUGUAUUGAGCAAUUAUACGAAACGAAAAAGCGAAUGGACGAAAUCAAGAGAUCAGCUGAGCCUUUCGUCGCAGCGACAACCACCCAACUUCUCAUGUUGCUGCCUCAUUUCAUAUCUAAAACAAUUCUAGAUAUAUUCUCGUCAAAGGUUUCCUGUGUCCUAUCUAACGUUCCAGGUCCACAGUUCCCUCUUACCAUUGGGGGCAACAAAGCUUUGGGAGGAAUUUUCUGGCCACCAGCGAGAGCUAAUAUAGCAAUUAUGAUGUCAAUUUUCAGCUAUAACGGUCAAAUCGGUAUUGGUGUAAUGACGGAUGAAGCGAUAAUCCCGAAACCUAGUGAGAUUGUGGCUAACUUUGAAAAAAUAUUUACUGAAAUGUGUGAAACGAUGAACAUUGUGAAACCCUAAAUUGAUCACCACAAGACGUUAUUUACAAUUUCUAAGAUCUUUAAUAAAUUGCAUCGUAAUUAAUUUGCCAUAAUUUCAAGAUUUCAAAGAUGUAAUGUUUGUCAUAAAUAAAUUCAUACAAUAAUGCA